AUGCUUCCUCAGAGCCUCUUCCCCGCACUCCUCCUCGCCGCUCUCAAAAUGGCCGCAACGUCCGGCCCCGUCUGUCAGCACAAGUUUACAAUCUUGCCCGAAUACUUUGUGGACUAUUACAAGGCUGCCGAUGAAAGUACGAACGGGAAAGCAACCACGCAGCCAAACCUCGGGCUCCUGAAUAGAGAGUUUGGAGACGCGGCUGCCGUUGCCGGAGAGGCCAAGCCCUGGGAACGGUUUGCUGCUCAUGUCAACAGGUUAAACGCUGAGAGCCCUGAUGGCGUUGACUACAAGGUUUUAUAUCUGACAAGGCAUGGACUUGGGUUCCAUAACGUCCAAGCAGCCAAGGUCGGGACGGCUGAGUGGGAUAGAUACUGGUCACACCUCGACGGCGACGGCGUCGUCACAUGGCUCGACGCAGAACUGGUCGACACAGGCAUCCAGCAGGCAAAAGACCUCGGCACCUUCUGGGCGCACGCGACAACAGUCGAGGGGGUCCCCUUCCCGGCGUCCUUCUACACCAGCCCGCUCCGACGAUGCCUCGAGACGAGUAGACUUGCCUUUGGUAGUCUAGUCGAGGCAAGGGGCCAGCAGCAGGAAUUUCGGCCUCUCGUAAAGGAAGGGUUAAGAGAGCGCAUGACCGACCACACGUGCGACAAAAGGGGCCCCAGGAGCUGGAUCGGGAGGGCGUAUCCGAGGUACAUCAUCGAGCCGGGCUUCACGGAGGAGGACCAGCUUUGGAAGGCUGAUAGAUUUGAGACUACGGAGGAGCACGUGGCGCGGAAACAGCAGGUCCUGGAUGAGAUCUUCUCGACGGAUCCGGCGCAGUUUGUGUCCUUGACGGUUCACUCGUACGCGAUUUCAGCCAUAUUAAAGGUGGGUGGUCAGGAAGAGUUCAGGGUCAGGGAAGGAUCUUCCAUUGCUUUACUGGUGCGCGGGGAUAGAAUAGGUGUGUCCUCGUCCGUCUAG